CCGUAUCUAUCAAUCAGAAAAAGCAGAAAUUCAAUCAAAUUUAGAAAAGAAAAAAAGAAGAUAUACACAGAGAUGGACGACGGAGUAGAGAACAGAGUGGAUGAUCUGAUGAAAUCACGAGAUGAAGAAGAAAGCAGCGGUGGGGUAGCUGGAGAGGAGUCUAAUAAUACUGGGGUCAUCAAGACCUUCAUUUCCGCCUUGAUCUCCACUGUGAAAGAUGAUGAAGAUGAAGAAGAAGAGAAAGGUCAAGGGGAUUGGGAAAACGACGCAGAGGGGACUGGCGGCGGAGCUUUAGGCGAAGAAACCGGCGGCAGCGGCGGCGGAGGAGGAGGAGGAAUCGUCGACAACAAUUUGAUUUCUAAUUUUUCCAACCAGAGCGAAGCAUCAUCAGGAGACAAGGGGGAGGACGCGAAGCAGAGUAUUAGCGGAGAGAAUGAGCAAACUAAUGCUGACCAUGGCGGCAGCGGCAGCAGCGUUCUGGCUACCAUUGUUUCUCACUUGCCCAAGCCUAUGUCCGAUGGGGUUACGCCAACGACGGAAGAGGCGUCUAUAUUGAUACAUUCAGUGGUCCAUGACUAAAAUCUAUAAAUCAAUCAUUAGUGGAAGUUGGGGUACAUCUUUGUAGAGAGAGGUAGCUUUACUUAUCAUUUU